AUGAAUGGAACUUCUCGUAUUUCAUCAGAUUUCAACAAUUUAUUUACUCCAUCUUUGAUUGAUGAAAUUAAAUUUUUAACACAAAUUCAUUCAAAAUUAACCAACAAUUUUGUCAAAUUGCGAGAAUUAUUAAAACAAUUUAAUUCUGUUGAAAAGGCUAAAGAAGGUUUAUUAAAUGAUUCAAUUACUUUUAGAGAACAUCCAGAUAUAUUAAAUACAGUUAAGGCAAAACUUCAUCAAAAAGCCAACAAUAUUUUAGAACAAUUAACUAUUUAUUCCUCUCAAUUAUUAUUUAUUUAUUCAAAAUUAAACAAUUUUCCACCAAAUAAAUUUAAUUAUCAAUUUAUCGAAGAGGAUAUUUUUAUACUUAAAAACCAUACACAUCGUCUCAAAAAUCUCUUGGACUCAUUUAUUUUGCAAUUUAACGAAGUGCUUCCUUUCCUCAACCAAACAAUAGACCCACUAUUAUUUUGCAACCUUUCAAAACAACUAGAGCCUGAAUUGAGUUUUUCUUUUGAAAUUUCUGAUACAAAAGUUCAUCCAAGUUGGUUUAUUUCAACAUCUCCAUUUAAACCAAAUUUAUUUAUUUUGCGGAGGCCAAACAAUAAUUUUUUCAAAAUAAAUUUUCAACAAAAUAAUGCUUAUUUUUCUUCGUCUCCAAAACAACCUACUAGAAUUGCUGUAAUAAUGCUUGGAUUGUCUUUUGCGUUUAUUCCAUUUUUUCGUAUUCUUUGUGAAACAACUUCUUUUAAUGGAGUUGCACAAAUAGCUAGAAAUCUUAAUAAAAUAGCUACUAUGGAAAAAGUGGAUGAUUGUCUAAUUCGUGUCCAAUUUAAUGCUGAUGUCCCCUCUUCAAUGCAAUGGAAAUUUAAACCACUUCAAGAUGAAAUUUAUGUUAGUCCAGGAGAGACGGCACUUGCAUUCUUUACUGCCUAUAAUCCAACAAAUAAGCCAAUUGUUGGCAUUAGUACAUACAAUUUAUCACCGUUCCAGGCUGCAUAUUAUUUUAACAAGGAAGUUGAUUUGCCAGUGUUUUUCUACAUUGAUCCAGAUUUUGUCAAUGAUCCUUUGUUGGAGGAUGUUACCAAUUUAUUGUUAUCAUAUACAUUUUUUGAAUCCGGAUCCGAUCUAAAACUUCCAUCGCCUUUUGAUCCGAAUAAUCGGCCUUUAAAUAAAUCUCUUCAAAAGUUUGAGGAAAAAGAAAAGAAGACAGGAUCUUUAUUGGAAUCAGUUAAUGCCAUUGCCUAG